CCAAUUACGACACAACCCGUUGCGUCAUCUGUGGGCGGGGCGAACUGUGCACGUGACGGCCGUGUAGUGGUGGGAGUUAUGGCAGCUCGGCGAGCUCUGCACUUCGUGUUCAAAGUGGGAAACCGCUUUCAGACGGCUCGUUUCUACCGGGAUGUCCUGGGGAUGAAGGUUCUGCGGCAUGAGGAGUUUGAAGAAGGCUGCAAAGCUGCCUGUAAUGGGCCUUAUGAUGGGAAAUGGAGUAAAACAAUGGUGGGAUUUGGGCCUGAGGAUGAUCAUUUUGUUGCAGAGCUGACUUACAAUUAUGGCAUCGGAGACUACAAGCUUGGCAAUGACUUUAUGGGUAUCACGCUCGCUUCUAGCCAGGCUGUCAGCAAUGCCAGGAAGCUGGAGUGGCCACUCAGGGAAGUUGCAGAAGGUGUUUUUGAAACUGAGUCCCCAGGAGGAUAUAAGUUUUAUUUGCAGAAUUGCAAUCUACCGCAAUCAGACCCUGUAGUAAAAGUAACUCUAGCAGUGUCUGAUCUUCAGAAGUCUUUGAACUACUGGUCUAAUCUACUGGGAAUGAAAAUUUAUGAAAAAGAUGAACAGAAGCAAAGGGCUUUACUGGGUUAUGCUGAUAACCAGUGUAAGCUGGAGCUACAGGGCAUUAAGGGUGUGGUUGAUCAUGCAGCAGCUUUUGGAAGAAUUGCCUUUUCUUGUCCCCAAAAGGAGCUGCCAGACUUAGAAGACUUGAUGAAAAAGGAGAACCAGAAGAUUCUGACUCCGCUGGUGAGCCUGGAUACCCCAGGGAAAGCAACAGUACAAGUAGUUAUUCUGGCCGACCCUGAUGGACAUGAAAUUUGCUUCGUUGGGGAUGAAGCAUUUCGAGAACUUUCUAAGAUGGAUCCUGAGGGAAGCAAAUUGUUGGAUGACGCACUGGCGGCAGAUAAAAGUGAUGAGUGGUUUGCUAAACAAAAUAAACCGAAGGCUUCAGGUUAAUGGAAGAUAUUAUGUGGAACAAGCUUUUGUGAUUCCUCUGCGGCACCUGUGAGGCCUGAUACGUCUGUCCCUGAUAAAUACUCUUCCUCUUUGGUUGUUUACUGUAUAGGCAUGGAGGCCUGGGUGAUGAAUUUGUGUAUCUCAGUCUUUGAAAGCACUGGUUUAUUUUAGAGAUGAAAUCCAGUUAUCAUUAGUCCAGGAGAACUCUUGCUUUAAUUUGAACUGUCACUGGAAUGGCACCUUCUGUUCAUAGCUAUAUGAGAUUAGUGACAAGUGAUUUUUCAGACUCGGACAGCUGUAUGGGGCGUUACCCUUGGGUGGAGAUGGAGGCAGUUUUUGGUAAGCUGUGAAAACGUUGAUUUUAUGAGAACAACUGGUCAAAUAAAAUCAAUUACUUUUAACAGUAACACUGUCAGCACGUAGCGAGAGGCUAAAAGAAUUAGUUGGCAUUCCUUCUUACUUGCUUUUACAUUUCUAGUAGCCAGAGAAAACAGAUGGGAAGGAUUUAAUGUGAUAUGACGCUACACAUCCUUGCAAGAAAUAUGUUAGAUUUCUUAAAAACGAACUAAAUGAUUUCUUCAGCCUGAAAUUUAAAAAAAAAUGUUUCCUUGUACUUGUUGGCUCUACAGAACAAAUAGACUUUAAUCACUGGAAACAAU